GCAAACGCUGAACUGGGUCAAAUCACAGGUCUGCAGGUUGUUGGGUAUGGUGGCGUCACUGUGUGUGUGUACAUGUACAUGUACGUAUACACACGACGUGUAGUACAUGUACAGUACAUGCACAUGUACAUGUAUGUACGUGUACAUGUACACUGUACAUGUACAUGUACGUACGUAGUACAACUCUCGAAAUCAUAAUUCUUUGGCCUGGCGACCGAGCGGAGUGUUAUCUGCUGUCUUUUGGAUGGGGUCAAAAGUCAAGUAUUACUUGAGAUAAUAGUGUCAAUGAAGUGUCAAUUACCUGAAUGGAGCAGCUCUCGACAGCCAAGAACUUGCAGCAUACCAUCCAAGUUUAACUUCAAUUUGUGAUGUAUGUUGGCCACGGAAAGGCCCAACGUUAAGAUCAGUCGUAAGAAUGGCGCACAAGAUGGUCGGCAAACGGCUGAGUGACAUUGUAGACAACCGCCACCUGCACACGAAGGAACAUGAAGAUCAACGAAGGAGGAACGACGGGGGUCGUACUAAUAGUACACUUGACAUUGAUCCCACUCAUCGACGCGCUCGCAGCGCAGAGGACCUGUCCCCAAACUCCAUCACCAGUGCACGGGUCGAUCCUUCGACACCGCCAGUCAGCAAGCAUUCAUUUGGCUUGAAGGGUCUAUUCCAUCGCAAGAAGGACAAUGAUGCGGCGCCUCCUAUCAUAGAAAUCUCGCACAGCUCGGAACGUGACGCACAUCCAGUCUCCUAUGCCCAGAACAUCCACAAUCUGCCGGUCCGGCCCAGCGCUUUUAAUCGCGUCCUUCAGCAGAUCCGAUCCCAACCAGCAAUGCUGCGAUCAUCGGAAACCAAAGUCCCCUCCGUCAGCAAGCUUACGACUUUGAGGACACGGUCCGAUGGCAGUGAUAAUGACAAGGAUGAGGCGGGCCGAGGCUCCAGGAAGGGGUCCAGUCUCCCCCGGGAUAGUGAGAUGAGGGCUCGAGCCGAGUCAGCCCGAAUAGCCACCAGGGAAGACCACAUUGACUUUCUCUCGCACACCCAGGCAGACAGCACGGUGUGCGGAACGCCAAGCUAUGGGUCGGACAUGGAGCAGCAGGACGAGACAGACAGUGUCACGUCCCCGGAUCCUCAGCGGACCAAAUUCCUCAUCGAGCAGACUCUGGCCAAGAUUGACAGGACCAAAGAGGCUAUGAAGGCGGAACAAAAUGCAAAAGAUGAAAAUGUGUCAGAAUACCUGAAGUUGUCGGCGCAGGCUGACAAGAUCCAGCUCCAGCGUAUCAAGACAGUCUUUGAGAAGAAGAACCAGAAAUCCAACGCCACCAUCGCCCACCUCCAGAAGAAGCUGGAGAACUAUCACAAGAAGCUGAUUGAGCUGGAAACCAAUGGGGCGGUGGGACCUCGGAAGCCCAAGGAGGUGUUCCACGGGAUGCAGCAGGGACUCAGGGGUGUAAGAGACAACAUAAAGGAAGGCAUUACAGGGUUUUCAGGGGGUGUGGCUGACCGCAUUGGCGGUGGAAUUUCUGGACUCACCGAGCUCACACAAAGUGCUGCUAGCGUGGUCGUCUCCAAGCCCAAGGAAAUUGCUCAUAAAUUCAAGAAUAAGUUUGGGAGUGCCGACAACAUUGAUAACACAGAUGAAGAGGAAGAGGUCGACCAACCCCACAAGACAGGGAGAAGCAGCUGGUUUGCUCCCACGCCGGCAAUGGCGCCCAAGUCCAACAGUGAAGGGGAGGAGUCAUCGAGUAUGGAGAUGACGGAGAAUGGCCACCUGAUGCGGGAGGAGUUAGAGGAGCAUCCCUUGGUGGGCCGCAUGACGAUACUCCAGGACAGGAUCUCAGAGCUGGCCGCAUCGGAGGCGCUGCUGCAGAUGAAGUUAGAGGAGGUGAAGGAGCAAACACGAGAGCAGUACCAGUUCUUCAACCAGGCCCUGGCGGACGAGCGGUACCAGGCGGAACGGCUGGAGGAGCAACUAGCUGACCUAACAGACCUGCACAACCAUGCACUGACCAACAUGCAGCAGGAGCUGAGCAGCAUGGAGGAGAGGCUGGAGUACCGGUCAGCUGAGCGGGAACGGGAUGUACUGGACAAUGUGGACCAGUGCCAGACCAGGAUAUCAAAGAUUGAACUGGCUCAGCAGCACCAGCAGGUCAUUACGCUGGAGGGCUAUGAGAAUGCCAAUGCGAGGGCGCUCUUGUCCAAACUCAUCAACGUUGUGCUGUCCGUCCUGGCCGUGCUACUUCUCAUCAUUUCAACUGUCACGAACGCAGUGUCACCCUUUGUCGCCACAAGGGGUCGUCUUUUAACGACCGUGAUGUUCUCGUUCCUGUUCUUCUGCAUCUGGCAACGGCGUGAGGUCAUUGAGGAUCUGACACAGCACAUUGUGGAGAACUACAAACACUUAUUCUACAUCAACAGCAGAACGUGACCCCCAGUCUCUCACUUGGUCUCGUCAUUGCUCUCCGUCCUCUGGCUCCAGCAGGAGCUGUUCUCUCCUCGCCCCGAAUUCAUUGCCCAUAAGGGAGGGGUUGGGGGAGGGUAGCAAAUGUAGGAACGUGCAGAAAAAAUAAGUCGCCAUUUGGACGCAACUGCGAACGUGCACAUGCUGACAUGGGCAGAAUUAUGACUGAACUGUGUGUGGUUGGACGCCAAUCGUGCUAACUGGUACGCUUCACCUGGUAACUGCGACCAAUACUCGGGUGCAUGCCGGAAUGAUGACUGGUGCUGCAUAUUGUUGCUGAGAACAAUGAUGCUCACGUAACCUGUAGCCAUUGUCAACUUGAUCAACUUGGAAGCUGUUUGUCAACAACUGUGUCCUUUGAAAUUGAUGAUAUUUGCCAAAGAAUUUGAAAUAGCACUUUUUUGCUGAUAUUUAUAAAUGUUGUAUGUGUCAGUUUUUUUGGGGACUGAAAACUAAAGCAACAGUAGGUUUUGUUUCCGUGGACCUUUGUUUGGUCUUUACUUAGAAAGACAAAGUACUACAACAAUUUUUAUUUGGCAUAUCUUCAUGCGCAACUUGGUGUUUUAAGAAAGUUCUAACUACGAUUGCUUGGGCUAAGGGGUAGCUGCCAAACUUGGAAUUUGGCAUUUGGUGAAAUUGUGGCAGCCCAAGUCAUUGAGGACAUGAUCAAUAACAGGAGCUAGGAUCCUGUGUAAAUUUGUAAAUCUGUGAAUCCAAGAAUUGUAUGAAUCUGAGGGUGCAGAAAAGUUGCCCCCUUUUUAGCCAGGAGACUGUUAAUCAGUUUACAGGUGUUCAGAAGGACAAGCUGUUGACUGACCACCCUGGCCCCCAAAACCAUCUUCAUGUCACACUUCAACCUUUGACCCAAUGCAUUGACCUCUGACAUAUUCAGAAUCACCAGAGGAACUUAAAGAAUUCUAUCAGGCACAAUUGAACCUCCAAAAGGCAACCCAACUGACUCACCGCGGUUUUUGAGUUUGAACGUCAUGCCUGGAAUUUUUCUGUGGAGAAUAUUGAUCAUCUUGGCCCCCCGUGCAUUCAAAGCUAAUCCAAUGUGAUGCUUUUUUUCUGGCUGUUUGGUUGUGGAAUAACUGGAUGCAGCAACAGUAAGACAAUAUGCCUACAUAGCCAUAGCCUAGGAAGAAUUGACAGGGCUAUAUAUGCCUCACUCACUGCCUGUCAGUAGUGUAUAACUUACAAGGAUGUUAUUGCCAAGAUUUCAGGAGGCACAAUAUAUGUACGUCUGGUCACCAACUUACCACAGUCACCUUCUGUUACAUAAAAGAGGCUGGUACAAUGCCAUUUUUUUUAAAAGUCUUGUUUCUCCCAAAAACUUCAAAAUAGGAGCCUUCCAGGACAGCACUUCCAAAUCCAAGAGGCUGAUCACAAUCAGAGGACAAAGGCGAGAUCAAAGUCUUAAAUAGUUUUUGCUCUGAUUGGCUGAAACACCUCAAGUAUUCUUCUGUUGCAGUUGCUCAGUGUAUCUAUGGCAACCCGGGAGCCGAAAUCUCAUUGAUCAAUGAGUGUGUGGGCAUGAGUCUGAGUCUGAGACCAGUGUCAUUUGCAGUAUUCUGUAUAUACCAAAAGUAUGUGGCUUUAAAUACAUACAGACUUGUCUUUUGUUUGCAAUUGUCGGCAAUUUUUUUGCAUUUUAUCGCUCACACUACAAAUUUACCCAUCUUGUAUAAGCACAGACACCUCAAACUGGCGUAUCUCAUGCACCUCCCUUAGGUGUACAUGUGCAUCAACACCAUCAUACACCACUUCAUGGUUUGUGGGAUUCUGUUUGACUAGCUGUCAGGCAUUGAUGGGUACAAGGUCCCGCAGUGGAAGAUGGUUAAAAUCCUUGAAAAAGUAGGAAAUUUGUUGUCAGUACCAGGGAGGCAAUGACCAUUCAUGUAUUUGAUUAAUUAAUAGUUGUGCAAGUUACUGGGUUAUUUUCUGAUUAUUCAAAACCCAAUGAGAGAAAUUGAAGGCAUGUUUUCCUCUAGCAAGAGAGCAUGUGUGAUUAGUAAGACACCUAAAAAAUCUGAGGUUCAAACUCCUCAUUCCAAAGGUGAAUCAAGAAUUGACUGGAGGUGGGUAUUUGAACCUAAGGGCCUCUGGUGCCGGACCAAGUGAGCUAUCCAACUCUGUGUUGAUGGUUCCUCCCGAUCUGUCAGUACCUUUGGUCACAGGUGCUAGUCAGAAGUUACUGAAGAAUCGCUGCUGAAUCGACAAUGCCAUGAAAAUCCCUUCUGGUUGGGAUUUUCAGGUUGGCGUAGGCUAAGGAGUUUGAAAGUGGCAAUUUCGGCAAACUCACAUUUUGUUAUUCAUAGAUGCUGCUGUGUGUAUUUACUGACGGAGCCCACCUGUUGCAGUUGGAAGAUUGUUAUUGUCUGCAUGAAAAAGAGCAAUAUCUAUUUCUGCAAGGAGAUGACAUUGUGCAAUUAUUUUUAUAUACUAGCAUUUGAAAUAAGUGGUUAUCUCUUAGCUAAGGCUGUUGUCGCAACAGACUGGCACCUGCAUUAUGUGGCUCACUCGAACAGUUGUUUCCCCACAGGUUGUUGUGGACAAAGACAAAGAUGGCCGCAUUGUUUGAUGUCCUAAUUUAGGUGUGUUUGCCAACUUAGUUGUGUAUUUGCAUAAGAUACUUUAUGUAUAACAGUUUCAAAAACAGCUACUGAAAAUUUGUAUAUUGGCAAAAUUGUAUAUAAAUACUGUAGAUGCACUUUGAUAAUAUGCAUAUAAUGUACUGAACUAUAUUGUUUUCUAAAUGCCAAACUGGUAAACUGGAGUGUAUAAACCGUGCAUAAAAUGUAUAUUGGUUUGAUAAGUUCAAAGAUGGGAAAAGUUUAACUUGUUUCCAGGAAUAUAAUAUAUACAGCAACAUCCUGAGGCUGUGCUGUGUUGGAUAGCUAUGGCUGCGACUGUUAUUGCUAGCCAUAUAUAACCAGUUGAUGUACAGUUGAACCUGUCUGGCUCAGUGUCAAACUUUCAGUUAGGAUGCAUACCCCUGUGUAUUUACAAUUUGCCGUAGAGGUGUAUCAUUGCUACCUUUGACCCUUGUUACCAUUCCCACAUGGUCUGUUGGCACGCUCCACUGAGUUUUUCAAAGAGCUUUGUACAUGUACACAAAGUCGUGUCACUUGUCUGCAAGGAUGUCUGACACGAUUACAGCAGACCUUUCUACUUUGAUGGUGUUGUGGUUGAACGCCAGAUCUGGUGGCGUUAUUUGGAGGUUAUUGUGUACAUGUAAAUGUACAUUGGGCUAGGUGCCGUUUUGUAUUGUAGUCAAAUGCAGGAAUAGACCUGGUGUGCAGUCAUGGACCCCCAAAUGCUUUGUGCGACUCUGACUCAGAAACUGGUUCCAAAUUACCAGAGUGAUAACCUGUAACUUUACAAAGUACUCAGUAUAAAGAGAAAAAAGAACGGCUUUCAAAGGUUUGUGGAGAGUCAAAAAAACGGGCCACGUGGAAUGCUGAAACAGGUUUUUGCAUUUACUUUACAAUAAUGGAGUGUAGGCACCAGUUUGCAAAAUAUGUAAACUCUAUAUGUAAAGAGUUUAGAAGUGGUCAUAUUAGGAUGGAGGUACAUUUAUCUUUAAAAGUCACUGGUUUACCCCACAAAAUUGAAAAGAAAAAAAUGCGAAAAUAAGGUUCAGUUAUGGACUUGGGCAUUUGUCCUGAGUACCCGAGAAACGGCUAUAUUUUUUUUAGUGAUUUUUAAAAUGGGGGUACUUGUAUGGAAGCUUAUAAACUAAUGUACAUUCUUUCAGUCUACCUUACGUAAAAAUUGAUAGCACCGGUUGCCCGUUUAACAUGAAUGAGAAACGACAGCAGCGGCUAUAGUCAACGGCCUUCAUGCGUUCCAUGCAUUCUCGCCAACCAUAGCCACAGCUCCUAGGCUGUGCAGUGUUGUAAUGAGUCACUAAAUUUGGUGUCUCCAGUUGAGUCAUUUUAACAUUGUGACUCCAGUCGAGUCAUUAUGUCAGGAAGUCAAGUCGAGUUACUUUGUGAAGUUGAGUCGAGUACUGAGCCCGAGUCAAUUUAAGUCACAAAUUUUUGAACACAAUAACAACACAACUAUAUGUAUGUAAGUCAUUUUGGGGUAUUUUUAUUUUCAUUUAGACAUACUGAAAAUGAAUUAGGGUGAGAGGUACAUGUACAUCUAGCCAACUAAAAUUUUGUUUUCAAUUUUUUGAGACUCAAGUCUUAUAAGCUGGAACUCAACUCGAGUCUCCAUGAGACACUUGAGACAAGUCAUUUACCUGUUGGACUUAAGUCGGAUCACCAAAGAUUGUUACUCCAGUCAAGCCAUUGACUCGAGUCAUUGCAACUCUGCUCAUAGGACCUGGCCAUGCUUGAGAUGAAUGGCUAGGCUUCCGUAGAUUCCCUUGUUAUUUGCAGUCAUCGCCAAGAUUUUCAGAUGCUGCCAUUUGUGGACAAGUAUUACAUAGCCCCUUGUUACGAAGAGGUUGAUUUGUUUUCCCCCUUAUUUUUGAUACUUUACUCUAUUCAUAUGGUUCAUAGUUCAACAUUUUCAGUUGUUAAUUUUUUUACUGUAUCUGUUGUAACAUUUCAGAGCUUUUUAAAAAUGCAUUUGACAUUAUUAUAAAAUAUUUGAGCGUUUGAAAUAUGUACUCAAGUAUGUGACGUACAGUGAAAAUUUUCAGCGGAAAAAAUAUAAUUUUGUCCAAAUCAAGGUGCACAAAGUCAUUAUGAACUGAAAGUAAUAUUGUAUUGAUUUGGGUCUGGGAGAUGUUAAUUUUUUUUACAUUAAGGUUUUCUGUGUAACAGCAACUAAAAACUUGCCUGUGGAUUUUCUGUUCCAAGGCACGUCUACUGGGUAAAUUUGCUGUAUCAAGUUUUAUUCUUACUAUCCCAAAAGGGGCUUUGUGAAAUAUACCAAGGCAACAGAUGCAUGCAUACAUGACCGUGAUAGGUAUUUUGGGCAAUCCUUUUGUUUAGAACCCUGCUGUUAUUGUAACCUACGGGGUUCAAAUGGUUGGCGAGAAUUUCACAUCUUCGAUUAACAGGAAAUUCUCAAUCCUGUAGUUAUGCAAUAGGAAGACUUAUACGUGACCUUAAUGUAAGGAUUGCCCAUUUUGCAUGCUAAAUUAUGCACUCGAAAACUGAUCAUUUUGCUCUUACUGUCGAUUGCAAAUGCCGACAUUUUGCAACAUGACGCUAAACGUGUGGAUGUAAAUAUAGAAAUCUAUCUUUAUUUACCGUGUACAGAUCAUUAACAACACCUUGUAAGCAUGUGUUGCUUA